CCGUCAACCCCUCCCUUCCUGGUUUUCUUCUUUCGUUUUUGCUGAUCCAUAAACUGCGUGUUCUUUUUUUCCUUGGAUGAAAACCUCCGAAUGAGACCAAAGCCAUGUUUGGAGUGAGAAAGUCUUUGGUAAUCAUCCUGUAAAAGAAUAAAAACCAGAGAACUUGAGUUCAUCAUUCAUCAGAAAAAAGUUCACUUUCUUAGAACAGACAUGGAAGAAACAGAGAUGUGGAUUUCUCCACUGGUGUGAACUCCUGUUGGUGGAUUUGAUGGACCAGCAUGGUGUCUUCAGCCCAGAAACCUCCUUCUGCUGUAGGAAAGGAUGUUAAAGUCAGAAACCUGGACAUCUUUGUUUCUCCUGAUGAUGCUGAUGAGAGUCUCCAGAGUUCUCUCUUGUCAUCAGACAGAGUAUGAGAUCAGCGGUGAAUGUUGUGCAAUGUGUCCUCCUGGAAGUCGAGUUCAGAGACACUGCACAGAGUUCAGAAGUACUUCCUGUGUGCCGUGUACUGAAGGAACUUAUAAUGAGAAAUCGAACGGACAACAAUACUGCAAACCAUGUUCUCCGUGUGAUUCAGUUUCUGGACUGACAGUGAAGCUUGGAUGCACACUGACUUCAGACUCGGUGUGUGAACCUUUGGACGGGUUCUUCUGCGUGGACUCCUCCUCAAAGAGCUGUUCAGCAGCACAGAGACACAGCAGCUGUAAAGGAGGACAGUACAUCAGACAGAGAGGAACGGCCUCCACAGACACUGAGUGCUCUGACUGCAGCUCAGGAACAUUUUCAGAUGGAACAGGAGAGUCCUGUCAGCCACACAGACAAUGUGAAGCAGAAAACCUGCAGCUGAUGGAAGCAGGAACGUCUUCAACUGAUGCUCAAUGUGGAGAACAACGUCAGGAUGUGUCAGCAGUAGUGAUCGGUGUUUUAGUUCCUGCUGUUGUUUUAUUAGUUAUUACAGCAGCUGUUUUAUGGCAUUUCAGAAAAAAUAUAAAAGAAAAAACAAACUGUUUGAAAAAAGAGAUGAAGCAGAGUCAGAGAUCAACACAGAAAUGGAUCUAAUGAACCCAGACCAACGAAUGUUGACUGUCUGAACUGCUGAUGUCUGCAGGUGAAAGAGCAGCUCCUUCAUAAAAACAGAUCAACUCAUGAAGAUUUUCCUCUUCACAGCAGAAACUAAAACCCCAUAAAGACGUGUGCAGUCCCUGUUCUCUGUGGAGUUCAUGUUCUGCAGAACCCAGUUGGAUCUCUGGUUCUGAUUUUCUUCAUCAUUCUGGAAUCUGAGCAGCUUCAUGAAGCUCCUGCAGUUUGUGACUCAACAGACAUGACUGAUGAGGAUUUAUCAUCUUCAAACUGAAACUGAACUUUAGACAACAGGUGACCUUUGACCUUUACUGCAGCGUGAUGGGAGGAGUUUCUGUCUUCAUCCAAACAUCAGGAGAUAAAGUCACAACCAUGAAA